AUGCCUCGCCAAACCGCAACCCACUGCACGAGGUGCAAAAGACCUUUCGGUAAGAUCCCCAACCCAUGUGUGCUACGUCCUGAAGAAGGAGACCUCCUGCAACGGCGGGGGACGACAGCGAAUUGCCAGAGUUGCUUUGCCUUUGGGUUGGUGUGCCCCAAAUUCAAAGGCCUGCCAGCCAAGAAAAUCCAGGAGGCCAUUGAUGCGGACCCCACUGCAUACCAACAGGAUCUCUCGGAUCACGAAGCAGCCCGCCGUGAAGGCCGACGGUAUAAGGGGGAGAAAGCCACGAGUGUUACAGCUGAGAGCCGCCAAGGAAUGCAAACCCGAAGGCUCUUGGGUUACCUCUGGUCCGAAAGCCUCUUGCGAAAGCAUAAUAUCAGUCACUUGUGGAAUUCCCUGCCGAAGCAGUCCGUGAAUCACAUGGGGAAGAUGCAGCAGGGCGUCCUCCGUGAAACUUUUGCUGCUGGGGCAAUAGAAGUCUACGAAACAUCGGACACCCAGGCGGUGCGGAGUCAGGUUGCCGCCGAGUGUGAAGCCGACGAAGUAGAGCAAGCAGACAAGGUGUUUCAGGAGUUGGGUGCAGGCCUGAAAUUGCAGGCUGUGGAUCAGGAGACGACCGAGGACGGCGCUGAGGCUGGUAUCGUCCUUAAGAACCCCCCCAAGCGAGCCAAGACCGAUGCUGAUGAGGAUGACUUCAUGCAGAUCUGGGGGGUUGCUUCCUUGACCUCUGCUUCAAGUUCCCGAGCCGGGAAGCAUGAUAAGGCUCCUCGCGGGAAGGGUUCAGGCAAAUCCAAUCAGAAGGACCUGAAGGAAUUGGAUGCGACUGAGAAACUCCUUGGUCAGCAUGACAACUUCAGGAAGUACCUCUCGCACGAGAGCUCCUUCAUGAGCCUGACCUACCAGAAGGUGUACGGCCACUCCGAGAAGCUCUUUUCCCGGAACACCCCGGAGCUUCAAAAGAUUUACCGGGAGCUCACGAAUGGGCAGACGGAUGGGCGAGCUUGUCAGAUCAUGAAGAGGCUGGCGACGGCGGAGACGAUGCUCGAAGGGCUGACAGAGGCCAGAGGUGCUGGCUUGGAAAUCCCGGCCGCUGCAGAAAAGUUUUGCAUGGCCCGUCUGCUGCUGCAAUACUGCAAAGGCGGCAAGGUUAGUCAGUUCUUUAGCACAAUGGAAUCGUCCGACCUGACGACAUUGUUCAAAGACAAUCCUGAUGGCAUGACUGAGUUCCGGUUCUGCUCUUUGAAAUCUGCCGUGACGACACUCUUGAAUGCGGAAUUGGAGGCACCGGGCUUUGAGAAUUCCGCCAAGGACCUCAAAGAGUCUGGGAACAUCUCCGCCGAGCAGAAAGCAGAGAAUGAGUCGAAGCGAAGUGAGGCCAUGCAGAAGGUGGCUUUGGAUCGUAUGAAGCUGCUCUUAGACUUUAUCGACAAUUUCAAGGCAAGCAAUGUUUGCGAGGACUGGAGCGACAAGCAGAAGGAUAACGUGCGCAUCGUCCAAUGGCUCGAAGACAUCAGCAGGUUGCACCUGUUGGUUUCCUCUGCUUUGACCGACGAGGGCGAGGCCGUGACGGCCGAGAAGGUGGAGGAAUUGAAGGGUGCUCGCAAUCUCUUGCUAAACAAGAAGAGUAACUUUGCUGAGUCAAUGACUCUUUGGCCACUGGGUCAGUUCAUUCAGCAGAAAGCGAACUCUCGUGUGGAGGCUUACCUGCGAGAUCAAAGCCUCAAAGCUGAUUUGGCCCAGUGCAUUCAGUUGUCCACUCAGCUGAAAACCUUCUCGACUGACAGUCUCUUCAAGACAGAUUCCCUGGAGAUCAUGAUUCCAGGGAGCAACAAAGUCGUGGAAAUGGUUCAGAAGUUGGCCUUGAUUGAGCAGUUGGGUUCAAAGUCCUUUUUGCAGGACAACGAAGAGCAGAUCAGGCUUGUCACUAUCAAGAUCGUUGAGCUGCAGAAUGCGAUCCUCAGUGCUUCCGUGCAUAAGUUCCGUAAGAGCAUUGGAGAGAAACUUUUGGUUUUGUUGACUUCUCUUUCCGAAGGCAAGAUUGAUACGGACCAAACUGCCCAAUUGGUGGAGCAACUCAACGAAGCAAAGAAUUUCAAUCCAAUGCAGGUGAAUGUGAUCAACAAAUGUUUGGGAGCUUGGGCAGGCCCCAUUCAGGAGGCACUGCAGGUGGUACGUACAUUCUGGACCCGUUUCGCAUCGGCAACUCCAGCUAUCGUUGGUCUGAUGAACAUACAGUCUGUGGCCUGUGCCGUGCAGAGGUUGCUUUGCGCCGACCUGGUGGCGACCAUGGAGAUUUUCAACGAUGCAUCCAAGAUGCAGCAUGUGCAGAAGAUCUGUGUUGACUUGGGUCCGAUGAUGACACAGAUUGGCGAUAAGAUCCGAGGAAGUGCUAUGCAGCUGCUCGCCAAAGAGUCUUCCAGCUUCCUGCAGUUCACCUCCUUUCUCGCGAGACCGAGAACCGAUGAGGCAUCCGCCGAGGAGGGGCUUGUGAAGGAUGUGGUCGGAGAGUUUCAGGGUGAUGAGGACAAGGUGAUGGUUGAUUAUUGCGGGAUGUUCAGUCUCUACGGCAAGCAUCUUCCAGCCGACUUUGUGUGCAUUGACUUCAAGGCUGCCUCAGGAGAAUCCGUGCCCCUCUGUUGUGCAGCGAUUUGUGCGGCUGGGGCAUGCUUGCCCUUGGCCAAGAUGGUCGUCCACAUCGCGACGUGGACGAGGGAAUUCCGGGACAUGCAAGUGUCCGGGCAAGUUGUGACUUCCUGCCCCGUAAACCCUGCUGAGGCUAUGAGCUUCUUCGCGAAAAGUCGCAUGCAGUUGUUGGGUGAGAAAUCUCAGGAGACUGCAAAAUUCAUGCACACUUUGCGGAUUGCAUACGAGGCUGCCGAACUAACAGGCCAGGAAACAGCACAUAAGUUUGUGGUGUCCUGUGCGAACAAGGCUCCCCAGCUGCUUGGCAAGGUGAUUGAUAUGGUGACUGAGGACAUCAAAUCAAUGAUUGCUAUCCUGACCGACUUGUAUUCCAAUGUGAAGGAUCGUGAUGAAUUCAACUCUGCACUCGACGAGGGCAUCUUGGACGGGGCUCUUGGUGCUUCGUUGUGCAAUGAUGAGUCGUUGCAGAAAAUGUAUCGCUUCCUGGCCUUCGGUCUGGAUUCCUUCACAGGGCUGAAGCAGGUCAUGAUCGGGAUCAGUGGUGCGGCGACUUUGUUGGGAAAGGGCUCUUUCGACAUGUCCGGCUUUGAGGUCACGACGGCUACCGCAAAGGCCGUAAUUCAGACAAUCCAGGAAUUCAGUGGUUCGCAUGAGUCCGGAUCCGGAUCAGGAGAGGGUCUGACUUUGCAAACCAUUUGUACCAUGGUGGCGAAUGCUACCAUGGUGCAGGCAUGCACACGUGAGUUGAAAACCGGCGAAACACGGACGUCUUUGGUCAACAAAGCAUGGUCCGGAAUCAAGAAGCGCCAAUGGAAGCUGCAUCCAAGCCUCACUCAGAGAUGUACAGAGAUUUUGAGUGGCAAGGACGACGACACGACUGUUCCAACGACUGCGGAGCCAUCCCCGCUAACAUCACCGCGAGCCAACCAGGGUCUUCGUGGCCUCCUAGGUAGCAAGGCCAGACUGAAGGCGUUGGAAGAAGAUCCGAAUUCCCCGAUCGACUUGGCACAGCUGGCCAUCUUCAGCGGGCUUUCCAGCGAGUUCAUCCAUUGGAUCCAGGAAAACUUGGAGCCGAGGAUCGUCUUCUCAGAUGACACGCUCUUCGGAGAGGGCGAGAAGACAGAGAACCUCUACAUCGUCUGCAAGGGCAGCAUAUGCUUGGAGAAGAAGCAGCCGGAGACCUUCUCCCGCGGCUCUUACUUCGGCGACUCACAUCUCUUGGGCGUGUCCGAGGGAGCGGUGGCGACUGCAGUCAGCCUCGAGAUGUCGCUCGUCCAGGUUCUGAGCCGCCAAGUUUUGCUUCGUGGUUUGGCACAAUUCCCCUCAGAGGCGGAGCACUUCGACAACUUGACUGUCAACUAUCUGGAGUCCCAGGUGGACAAUGUUCUCCAUCAUGCGCCAGCCUUUGCUGACUGCUGUGAGGAGUUCAGGAAGAAGGUCUCAUCGCUGAUGCGCACGCGCUUGCUGCGGACGGACGAAUGCCUGGUGAAGAAGGGCGCCAAGCGAGGCUCACUCUUCGUGGUGCGAACUGGCAUCGCGGUGGUCGAUGAGGAAUCACCUCCGGUGGCAAAGCCGAGCGACGACGAUGCCUCAGAGUUGAGCGGAUCCACAUCCAGGACGAGGCGCCUUCAACAAUGGGAGGUUGUGAACGCCGAUGUGGUGCUGGGGCUUGCUGCAAAGGCGCCAGUCACAGUCAAGGCUGCUGGCUUGAUGGCGGUGGCAGAGAUUGAGGAUGAGCGCUUCAUCGGUGUGCUGCGGAACUUUCCGCUGGAGGUGCCCAAGAUCAUCCAGAGCUUGGAAGGGACGCUUUGGCCGGAGGAGGCGGAGCAAGUUCCUUCCUUCCUGAACAACAUGGGCCAGUCCUAUUUCUCCCAGCUGACGCAGGAGGCUGAAUGGCGGAUGUUUCUGCCGGACCGCAAUGUCGUUAGGCAAGGGAUGGAGGGCAACGCCUUGUUUCUGCUGUGCUACGGUCGAGCGAUUUGCGCAGUCGAUGAUGUGGUGCUGGGCCAGCCACUGGCUCGUGGUGAGGUGGUUGGUCGCGCCAACUUCCUGGGGCUCAAGCCGCGCUACGGGGUGACGGUCAAAGCCCAGACGGUGUGUCAUUUCCGUGUCAUUACGCACGAGCAGCUCUUGGAGCUCUUGACGUCGCAGCUCGCCUUGCGCGAGUGGUUCGAGCUCGCGAAGCUGCAGGUCAGGCAUUUCACCGAGUAUGACCACGAGAGACAGAAGGUCGAAGUUUUCCGGGCGAAGCUCAGGCGGCGAACGGACCGCGCGUGGCGGAAGCACGUUGAGGAUGCUCGCGCUGCUCGUGCUGCAAGGAUGGCAGGCCGUGGUCUCGCCGCUCCGGUGGUGACAGAGGCCACUGAGAAGGAAGAUCAGGAUGCUCAUCGCAGGUCCGACACACUGACCUCGCAAGGACAUGGCGAGCGCAAGGACAGCUUCACUCUCGAUGCUGUUCCUCCGAGGCCGAUGCCAACUGCAGGUUCCCUCAGCCUGCAAAUUCCAAGCGAGCCCGAGGACGUCGAGGCCAGAUGA